AUGUCGUAUGCUAUAAUGAGGCAUCUGCGACGCACAGUGAUUUUAAAACACCAAAGACGAGCUGAAAGCACUAUGACCAACCUAACACAAGAAGAAUACGUUUUUCGACCUCCCAUAGCCCAGUGGAACAAAGUUAUUAAAGAAGCAGAAAAGAUUGUGGGCUAUCCAACUUCUUUUAUGAAUUUGAGGUGGCUGUUGAGUGACGAAUUCGCCAAUUUGGCUAUGCAUCUACGAAAAAUUGUUGGCAGCAAUCAUCCAAUAAUGAAAACAGCAAAAACAGUCUUAUAUAAUGAACACAAUAAUUUGCAACCUUGGGGCCUUAUAAUACUUCUACUAUCAAAAGCUGUUGCUUCUCCUGCCCAUACUCUACAAUCAAGUAAUGUUAACGAACAACAAAGACUUCUUGCAGAACUCACUGAAAUGAUAAGAACAGGUCAUUACAUUCACAGAGGGCUGUUAAAUAUACCGCCAAAAGAUAGGGAGUGGGACAAAGACUCCUUAUUUGCUAACAAAAUUGCUAUACUCAUAGGAGACUAUUUACUAGUUACCGCUAAUGGCAUGCUUGCUCGAUUGAGAAAUCAAGAACUCUCCUAUUUAAUAUCCACAGCAUUAAGAGAUUUAAGUGAAGGUGAAUUCUUUGGCCCUAGGGAUGAACAGAACAUGCCCUUACCAAGUAAACCGAGUAAAAAUCUAACAGACAGUUAUAGGAUAAGUUGUGAUACAAUGCCCUUAGAAGUGAGGGAUGUCUUGGGGUCUCCAAUGCGUGAGUGGACUUUAAGGGCAUUGUACAAUGGGGGCACACUGUUUGGCCGAGGAUGUCAGGGUGCUAUGUUUUUAGCUAACAGAACUGUUGAAGAAGAAAAAAAAGCUUUCCUAUUUGGCUGUCAUUUAUGCUUAGCUUGGCAAGCUACUAGCGACCUUCAGAAAUUCAGUGAAAGCAAAAAUUCAUUUUCUUUAGUGAGUGCACCAGUAUUAUUUGGUUUGGCACACUCACCUCACUUAUAUAAUAAACUAAAUAUGAUAAAAAAUAUAAAUGAUGUUGAUUAUUUAAGUUUAAAGAAGGAUAUAUUAGAAACGGAUGCAUUAGAGCGUACUAAAUCUCUAUAUGUAGAAAAUGCUGAAAAAGCACAUAGUUAUAUAGAUUUAUUUGGUGAUAAUGAAUCUACUAGAACUAUAAAAAGAAUGAUUAACAAUACAUAA